AUGGAAGAGAGCACAAAGUAUAUGAGAGAACACAAGAUGAAAAGCUUCGUUUUCCGCAAUCGGCGUAUGUUUGUGUUUCUGCUAAUUUUCGCAGUUUUCGUUACAAAUAAAGAAGAUCUUUGCGAUUGUUUGAAAAAAUGUGCAAAAAAUAAUGCGAAGAAAGCAUCACUCGACCUUCUGGUUUUUGUGACCUCGGGAACGAACCACUUUGACCAUCGUCAGGCCAUCCGAGAAACUUGGGGAAAAGAACUUUUUCAAAAGAACAUAGUUUGUGUUUUCUUAUUAGGAAAGAGUACUAACAACAGUCUUCAGAAUCAAAUAGAGAAAGAAGAUGCUACACACAAGGACAUUGUCCAAGCCAACUUUGUAGACAACUACAAAAAUCUCACCUUAAAAACUGUGUCGAUGAUGAAGUGGAUAUCAAUAUAUUGCAGCUGGGCAGAGUUUGUGCUGAAAACAGAUGACGACAUGUUGAUCAAUGUGGAGGCAAUGAUGGACUUUAUCAGUUAUAUUAGAAAUGAAUCCAGAAUAGCUAUUUUCGGUAAAUUAGCCCGAGGUUUCAAACCCCACCACGAAAAGAAGAGCAAGUGGUUUGUUUCCAAAAAUAUGUACCCCCACAGGACUUAUCCAGAUUUUGUUACUGGUCCAAGUUAUUUAAUACAGGGAAAUAUAACACGUACGCUUUAUGAAACUAGUCUAGAAGAACCUUACUUUCCCCUAGAAGACGUGUUUAUGACUGGUAUAAUAGCCAGCAAGCUUAAUAUACCCCUUAAACACCAGCGUAGUUUUAAUACCAAACGCAACCGUCAUAUGUCCUCUAGUUCAUUCAGACAACUCAUCACUAGUCACAAAUACUCUCCUAAUGAAAUACGUUUGUUAUGGUCAAAACUUCAAGUUUAA